AUGAUUGAUACUUUUGAGUGUCUAAUAGCAUCAUUGGCCGAAACACUCAAUGGUGCCGAGGUGCCAUGCAUCCUGUGGGGACAAUGCCUGCUGAAUAUUCACGGCAUUGCAUCCUCCAUUGACUCCAUUGAUUUCGUCGUACCCACGGCCUAUUUAAACGAAGCUAGCAAAGCUCUUGACAAUUUUAGAGGCCUGGUACCAUGCACUUAUGGUCAUGACUGUCUCUGGAGCCCCAAGAAGCGGAAAGCAGAGGAGCCGCCAUACCACUUGCAUCUUGAGGCCUCUACCGUGACGGUAGCUUUAUAUGUCCAGGCACGGAUUCUAUGGUUCCUACCAGAGAUAGGUAGCUGCCUGACGCUCGAGGAACAGCAAUUAUACUUGCUUCCCAGACUGAUUUUGGCAUCAAAUUCUACGGCCCUUCCACCUCGACGGCCGGAUCGUGGGUCUGGAUUCUUCAUGUCGGGCAAGUAUCCUGUCAUUGUCCCGAGACUUUGUCUAUUGAUGGAGACGUUUAUGCGGUUAUAUAUACGUGAUAAAAAGAAGCGCGAAGGAGCAUAUGCGAGAACUGUAAUAAGACUUUUGACACCGUAUGUCGAAAAUGAGGAACACCCUGGCUCAGUUGAGAUAUCGGAUCUGGUUAGAAGACACUACGAGACUCUUGCACGGGGUGACGAACUUGUUCUUCCGAGAGCACCAUAA